CAUCCCUGAAGGCAGCACUGGCUGACACUCCUUUAAGGAAGAAGAAGAAGUUAGCAGCUAGCUAGCAGCGACAGCGAACUCUUGAUUAAAGUUUCAUAUUCGUCGCUACCGAGACUUUAACCGUAACAAUGUCGGGAUCGUCCAACAUCGUGGCGAUGAAGAAAAUCGUCCAGCAGCUGCGCCUUGAGGCCGGAAUAAACAGAGUGAAGGUGUCCCAGGCGGCCGCCGACCUGCAGCAGUUCUGCCUCCAGAACGCCCAGCAGGACCCUCUGCUCACCGGCAUGUCGUCCAGCAACAACCCGUUCAGACCGCAGAAAGUCUGCUCCUUCCUAUAGCACCGCGGCCGGCCGGCCCGCCGGGCCUCCUGCUCCGUUUUGGACUUUGUGGUGCUCUGUGGAACUGGGCUGCAGGAUCCUGCAUCGUGGACUGGAAUCGUCUCAGGAGUGUUAGGGAAUUUGGGCCAAACAACUAACUUAAGAGUUUUUCCUUUUUUUUUUU